ACAUCACUUGCCUUACAUUGUUAACGUUGAUUUCUCCCGUUCAAGCCAGCAGCAUUUUGCCUUCCGUGAGCCAAACCGGUGGAUACGGACUCCAGCAAGACGCAUGAAAUCUCGGCUACAUUCAGCAGCAGGACGCACACCGGCAAACACUUGGAAGCCCUAAUAUGACUCGGUGGAUUGUUUGGCUGUAACCCUGCCCAUACCGGAGGCUGCUGCUCCUGCUGCUGCUGCUGCUCGUAAGGAUGGUGCCGCUGUGAAGAGCCGGUGUGUCGUCUCAGAAAAGGAACGGGGGAGGACAUGCCUGUGGUUGGGGGAAAAGGGAGGAAGUGCCCGGACAACAUGACUGUUUUCAGCCAGGAGAAUGUUGAGGAAUUGUACGAAAUUGGAGAUGAAUUGGGGAGCGGCCAGUUCGCCGUGGUCAGAAGAUGCCGGCAAAGAAGCACGGGCGUGGAGUACGCCGCCAAGUUCAUCAAGAAGCGGCGCAGCAAGUCCAGUCGACGUGGGGUGACCAGGGAGGACAUCGAGCGCGAGGUGAACAUCCUGAAGGAGAUUCAGCACCCAAACAUCAUCACCCUGCAGGAGGUCUUUGAGAACAAGGCAGAGGUCAUCCUCAUCCUGGAGCUAGUGGCCGGUGGUGAACUCUUUGACUUCCUGGCUGAGAAGGAGUCUCUGAGCGAGGAAGAAGCCACUCAGUUCCUCAAGCAGAUCCUGGAUGGAGUCUUCUACCUGCACUCCAAACAGAUCGCACACUUUGACCUGAAGCCGGAGAACAUCAUGCUGCUGAGCCGCUCGGUGCCUCACCCGCGCAUCAAGCUCAUUGACUUCGGCCUGGCACACAAGAUGGACUUUGGCAAUGAUUUUAAAAACAUUUUUGGAACUCCAGAGUUUGUGGCUCCUGAAGUAGUCAACUAUGAACCUUUGGGCCUGGAGGCAGACAUGUGGAGCGUCGGCGUGAUCACCUACAUUCUUCUGAGUGGAGCCUCUCCUUUCCUCGGAGACAACAAGCAGGAGACUCUGGCCAACGUGUCGGCCGUGGAUUACACGUUCGAAGAGGAGUUCUUCAGCGGCACCAGCGUCCUGGCCAAAGACUUCAUCGCGAGGCUUCUCGUCAAAGACCCAAAAAAGAGAAUGACAAUUCAGGACAGCCUGCAGCAUCCCUGGAUCAAGCCAAAAGACACUCAACAGGCACUGAGCAGGAAGGAGUCUGCUGUCAACAUGGAGAAGUUCAAGAAGUUUGCAGCCAGAAGAAAAUGGAAACAAUCCGUCCGACUCAUCUCCUUAUGCAACCGUCUGUCCCGCUCCUUCCUGUCCAGAAGCAACAUAAGUGUGGCACGCAGCGAUGACACGCUGGAUGAGGAAGACUCCUUUGUGAUGAAGGCCAUCAUCCACGCCAUCAACGACGACAACGUGCCCGGGCUGCAGCACCUGCUCGGCUCUUUGAACAGCUACGACGUCAACCAGCCCAACAAGCAUGGGACUCCUCCCCUCCUCAUCGCGGCCGGCUGUGGCAACAUUCAGAUCAUCGAGGUGCUGAUGAGGAAAGGUGCAGAGAUCCAGGCCCAUGACAAGAGCGGAGCCAACGCUAUCUACUACGCAGCAAGACACGGCCACGUCGAGACCCUGAGAUUCCUCCAUGAAAAGAAAUGCCCUCUGGAUGUCCAAGAUAAGUCCGGGGAAACUUCUCUCCAUGUGGCGGCUCGCUAUGGCAAUGUGGAUGUUGUGAGCUACCUCUGCAGCAUCCGCGCCAACCCAGACCUGUCUGACAGAGAACAGGAGACCCCGCUGCAUUGCGCUGCGUGGCACGGAUACUCCACGGUGGCUCGCGCUCUGUGCCAGGCGGGCUGCAAUGUGGACGCAAAGAACCGUGAGGGGGAGAGUCCGCUGCUGACGGCGUCUGCUCGUGGAUUUGCGGACAUUGUGGAGUGCCUGGUGGAGCACAAGUCCAACCUAGAAGCAACUGACAAGGACGGCCACACGGCUCUCCACCUGGCCGUACGUAGGUGUCAGAUCGAUGUGGUCCGCUGCCUCCUCAGACACCACUGCCACCUGGAUCAGCAGGACCGCCACGGGAACACGCCGCUGCACAUCGCCUGUAAGGACGGAAACCUGCCUGUCGUCACAGCGAUCUGCAACGCUAAAGCCAGCCUUGACCUCCCCAACAAGUACGGCAGAACUCCUCUCCACCUCGCCGCCAACAACGGGAGCCUGGAGGUCGUCCGUCACCUCUGCCUGGCCGGAGCGAACAUCGAUGCUGUGACAAAUGAUGGAAAAACAGCAGAGGAUCUGGCGUACAAGGAUCAACACGAGCCCAUAGUUUCUUUAUUGGGCAAGCUGAAAAAGGACAACCACAAACUGAGCUACAUCCAGCAGCUGCGGCCCACUCAGACCGUACAGCCCCGGAUCAAGAUGAAGCUGUUCGGACACUCUGGAGCCGGGAAGAGCACGCUGCUGGAGUCUCUGAAAUGUGGCAUCCUGCGCAGCUUCUUCAGGAGGAAACGAACACGAAUGACCAACACGGCUCGCCACCCCAACUCCCCCAUCAGCUCCAAACCUGCAGUGUCCGUGAGCAUUUCCAACCUGUACCCGGGCUGUGAGAACGUGAGCGUGCGCAGUCGCAGCAUGAUGUUUGAGCCCAGCCUGACCAAAGGUGUUCUGGAGGUUUUCUCCCCCGUUCACAACGCUCUGUCUGCAGCCGACGAUCAGGCAACAAAGGCCAUCGACAUCCAGCACGCCAACAUCCACGGUGUUGGGGAUUUCAGCGUGUGGGAGUUUUCGGGGAACCCCGUGUAUUACUGCUCCUACGACUACUUCGCUGCAAACGACCCGACGGCUAUCCAUGUGGUGCUGUUCAGUCUGGAGGAGCCGUACGAGACUCAGCUGAGCCACAUCACCUGCUGGCUGAACCUGCUGAAGGCUCUGAUGCUGCCGCAGGAUAACAUCGCUUUUGGAGGCCGGAUCCAGCAGCCUCUCGUGGUCGUUCUGGUGGCGACACACGCUGACCUCGCUGACGUCCCCAGAGCUUUCUCUGGAGAGUUCAGCUACGACAAGGAGAAAGCUCUGCUCAAAGAAGUCAGGAACAGGUUCGGAGUGGACCUGCAGAUCAGCGAAAAACUGUUUGUGAUGGACGGUGGAGCCUCAAACUCCAGAGACGUUAAGCUGCUGAGGAGUCACCUGCAGGAACUCCGCACCAACAUCAUCUCUAGUUGCAGUCCCAUGACGCUGCUGUCCGAGCGUUUGCUGACCACCCUGCCGACCUGGAGGAAGCUGAGCGGUCCGAACCAGCUGACGUCAUGGCAGCAGUUUGUCCACGACGUCCAGGAGCACAUCAACCCUCUGGUCAGCCAGGAUCACCUGCGCACGCUGGCCCUGCAGCUGCACAGCAUGGGGGAGAUCAACAUCAUGCAGAGUGAGACGGUGCAGGAUGUGGUUCUCCUGGAGCCCCGCUGGCUCUGCAGCAAUGUGCUCGGCAAGCUGCUCUCUGUGGAGACGCCCAAGGCCAUCCACCACUACAGAGGGCGCUACAGGCUGGAGGAAGUGCAAGCUCUGGCUCCUGAAAGCGACGUCGACGAGCUGCUUCAGAUCCUGGACGCCAUGGAUGUCUGCGCCCGCGAUGCCUCCAACCCCUCCAUGGUGGACAUCCCCGCCCUCAUCAAGACCAACGGCCUCCACCGCUCCUGGACCGAAGAGGAGGAGGAGGAGUCACUGCUCUACGGAGGGGUCCGACUCGUCCCUGCCGAGCAUCUCACUCCCUUCCCGUGUGGCCUGUUUCACAAACUGCAGGUGAACCUGUGUCGCUGGAGCCACCAGCAGAAGCCAGAGGAGGAGGGCGGGGAGGAUUUUGACGGCGACAUCCACCUGUGGACAAACGGAGCUAAGGUGAGCCAGACAGGAGUGGAGGCCAUGAUCCUACUGGUCAACCACGGGCAGGGGUUGGAGAUUCAGGUGCGCGGGCAAGAUACACUGCGGGCCAAGUGCUACACCCUGCUGGACACCGUCUGCAGUAUCACAGAGAACCUGCUGGCCUCCACCCUCCCCGGACUGCUCACGGCUAAAUACUACCUGAGUCCUCAGCAGCUGCGGGAGCACCACGCGCCCAUCAUGAUCUACCAACCCAAAGACUUCUUCAGAGCUCAGGUUCAGAGAGAAACGUCCCUCACCAACACCAUGGGCGGCUACAGAGAGAGCUUCAGCAGCAUCCUGUCGUUCGGCUGUGCUGAGGUUUACCAGCAAGGGAUUCUGGGAACAGACGUCCACAUAUCAGAUGUCCCCCUGCUGGCUCGCAGGAAGCUCUGCCGCAUGCUGGACCCGCCCGAUGCUCUGGGGAAAGACUGGUGCCUGCUGGCCAUGAACCUCGGCCUCACAGACUUGGUGGCCAAACACAGUAAUGGGACUCCAAACGGCGCCCUUGAGUCAGACUCUGAAUCAGACUCCCAGCAGGCUUCACUGCAGCCGAGCCCGACGGCGGCUCUGCUGCAGGCGUGGAGCGGGCGGGCGGAGAGCACGGUGGGCGUGCUGAUGGCCAAACUGAGGGAGCUCGGCCGCAGAGACGCCGCCGACUUCCUGCUCAAAGCUUCUCCUGUCUUCAAGGUCAACAUGGAGGCGGUGAGCGGGGCAGCUAACGGCUACCCCCCCACCUGCAACGGGGGGACAUCAUACAACUCCAUCAGCUCUGUCAUAUCCCGCUGAACCGACCGGGGGUCAGCUUUCUGCCAAACGCCAGACGACCUGGCGAGAGGUUUCCCCUCACAGACUCGUGUGUUCAUGAACAUGAAGUGCAAUCGUUACCAGAGUCCAGCUGCUCGUUCUUAAAAAUUCUGGUCCAGAUGUUGUGUUUGUGCUCUCCACACCUGUACAGCAGACCUUUCCUUCCAUUAUGAAUGUCGUGAAAGAGCUCCAAAGAGGAAUCCAGUGCUUUUAUUUUUGUUCUUAAUCUUCGUCGUGCUGCUUCUGAACAUCCCCUCCUGCUCUACUGCACUCUGAGUCUCUCUCCCCUCACAGCUUCAGACGGAGGAGACACUUUGAAAGGAAUAGAAACAACGACUAAAGAUGGCCGCCUCAAUGAAAUCUGCUCUGUCACCUUAUUGAGGCCGCCAUCUUUCCCCCAUCCACAGUUCCAUAAAAGAGGAUCUCCCUCCCUGCUGUGUUACUGAGGUGAUAUCCGCUCAAUCAGCUUCAUGUUGAGUGAACGAACAGCAUUUGUCAGAGUGCCUUUGUGGCCUUCUACCUCCCUAAAGAGCACAAACAGUCUCGUUGUUAUAAAAGAGAAGUUCUUUGUAAACAUUUGAACAUUUGCUGUGCCUUGUGGACACUCGUACUCGUCGUAAAGCAAAUUUCAAUCAUGUGUAAUGAGGAAAAGGCCAUGUUACGUUAAAGCAGAGGCAGAGAAAGAAGCUCUGCUCUUGUUACAGGGUUUUUACACCGCGCUGAGAUUUCUGCUGCGUCGGUGUUUGAGGUUUGGAAGUGAGUGUUUUCUUCUGUCACGCUCGGUGAGGAGUCGGUUUCAUUGCUUUGUGGGAGCGGUGGGCGGAGUCAAAGGGAAACAUCAUCAUUCACGUGUGAUCGGUGCAUACGUGGCUUUAUACGGAUUAUUUCUUUACUGAUUCCACAACACGACAUUUUGAUUUUAUCGUCCCUUUUGCUCUAGAGAGAGUUAUGUCAUUUGGUUUGAAUUUAGGGGGCGUGUCCACUGACGCUGUUUUUUUGUGCUGGGAGCGCCCAUGACCUUGAGUUCAGAGCGCUUCUCACCAGCGUUUGCUGUUCCCCACUGCUCUCAGUGGUGAGUUUGUAUGCAUGUCAUCAAGAAACUGUAAAAACUGUUGAUAGAAAUCGUGUCAGAGCAUCAAUAGCAGCUCUAAACUUGGAAAUUGUACCUUGAAAAUUCAAGUGUGAUGACUUUUCUCCUCCGUACGGACCUCUGACAUUGCUGUUGACUAAGUUGAGAACAGAAGUCCCGCCCCUUCUUGCUUCUGAUUGGUCUGUGAUUCCAAAAGAUGAACUGUUUCCAACUGAGAGUGCUUGAAACGCUGAAUCAUUCGGUUUGAUGAGAAAAUAAGCGCUGCCAGUGCAAGAAACAGCGGCAUGGAUACGGCUGCUAUACUUCCUUGAAGGAGCUGCUCGUUUGUAACUGAGUAAAAAAACUAACUAGUUAAUAUUUGAAACUUUGCUCUCUGAUUAGCUGAAUGAAAGUGUCUCAACGUCAGGCACAUAUGGUUGAAUUCAGCUGUUUCAAAUUUGCAAUGGAUCCAAAGAUUUUGUGCGAUUAGAGGAAGAGAGAAGAAGCUGCAGAGAGCGAACUCAAGUCUGUUUGUACGAUUGAUUCAGUAUGGACACGACUCCUUCGUUAUGAUAGAGUGAGGAAGCUUUGGGGUCGAGGGAACAUCCGACCCAGAAACACCUUUUAUAUCUGAUCAUAUGUCAGUGUUGCUUUCAGCUAAUAAAUCUGUCCCAAUCAGGACCCAAAUAUACGUCACACAUUAUUAUACUUCAAUUAUUAUACUUCAAAAAUGGUGAACAACCAUCCAAAGACGUCGCCCACAGGAGUGAGACGCAGCAAAUAUCCCCAGUUUAAAGCUAAACCUGCUCACUCUUUGUCUGAGGCUCUUUAAAGUUGUUGCUGGUUACAUUCGGAUGAUCUUUUAACCAUUUGAUUUAACUGUUUCAACUAUUAAAGAACUCAAAGUGUUAAAUAUUUUCAGUUUGAACACAUGAAAUUAAUUUACAGCUGAAAGACAACGAGUUGAUGUAUCUGCUGCUCGGUUAAAACCUGCUAAGGAGUAAUGGGAUAAAAACAGGUUUUCUUUCUUUGUUUUGUAAGCUUUGCCAAAUUAUGAAAUGAUCAUUUAAAGGAAUCUUCCAAACAGUUUACAGUUUCACGUCACCUCCUGUCUUGAUGUUUUGGUUUUAUUGGGCCUAUAAGAUGAAAAGUGAGGUCACCCAAAGGGACCGUAAGCCAUCCUAACAGAGAAUUUCAGUGUCUUAUGGAGAGGUGUGAAGCUAAUAGGGUGUAAUGUUUAAAAUCAUGAGGGUGAAACAGGGUCCGAUUCAGCUCUCCCAAUCUGUGCGCUCACGCUGAUGACUCUGCCAAAUCUGACGAGUAAACACGUCCGUUUUUAAACUUUCUACUAAGCUGAGAAGUGAUUUAUAUGAAAACCAGCUCUGCACCUUUUUAAUGCUUCCUCGACGUGUUUCUGUGGAAGCGACCGUCCACAGGUUUGUAUUUCAAAGCGGUGGCGUGGACAAGCGUCUGCGUGGCUUCUCAUCUUCUUUCAGUUUGUCUUUGAAGCUUGGACGCUGGCUCGGUCAGUGGAAAAACUGGACCAUAGAAGGCGUUAAGUUUGAAGUAUUGUUGCUGAAAGAUGCCAAAGGCUACUGAUGACACAAAUAGAAGAAGCUUGUCUUGUAAACGUUGGAAAGGACCCUGAUCAAUCACAGAGCGUGACACUUUGUUUCACUCUGUUUCAGUAUUUCCUGUCUGCUUUACUUCCCCAGUGUUACCGUCUGUUCACACAGAUAAAACCAGACUUUCUUUCUGACACGCUUCACUUCUCUCUUGACAUUUGGUCUAAAAAUAAAGUUGCCAAUAAACACAGCAAACUUUCAGCUGUGAUGUAAAUACUAAACACCUUUUUCUGCAGCUCCCUCCUCGUUUUUUCUCUUGCUUUAAGCUUUUUCUUUGCCCCAAAAAGGUUUCCCCAACAAGGCAGAAUGAAUGUACGACACAUCGCUCUGAGGAAUAUGUAAAGAAGAAAAACAAGCGGUGAUAAAAACACGUGUACGGUAACAUCAUGUCUCCAGAACUGCUCAUUUGAUCUCUCAUGUUUCAUUGAACUAUGUUGAAGUUGUGUAUAAACAUCAUUGCCAAUGUUAGUGUGCCUAAAACACACGUACUCAUUCCUCUUGUAUCGCCUUGUACAGAACACGAGCCGAGACGUUCCACAAAGGGAAGUGAUUUCGUGUUUCUCCAGAAAAACAGACGUUAUGUUGUUUUUGUAAAAGCUGGAAAUCACUCUAUUAUUCUUAUCGCCUCUGUCUCCAUUUGGUGUCUUUUUGUUUCCUGGAUGGCUCUGACUGUGAGUCCGACCAAAACAAGUGGAAUUUAAAGAAGCUGUUGUUUGAAAAAGGAACAUUCGAUGAACUCGUCGUCGUUAGCUUUGAGUGAAUUUUCCUCCCUUUGAGACUCCGGUCUGAUCGCCACAUUGCACAAGUCUCUUUGUCGCUAUUUAUGUUACAUUAUUUCAGCAUGUCUUGGAAUGCCAUGUUCUUAGUACUUCUGACACUUUAUAGUGUAAAACAUUUUAUAAUAAAUUCUUUACCUAUUA